GCGAAGGGGGGGCAGUGCGGGACGUGGCGGCGGAGCGGAGGGCGGGAGGGAGCGGCACCAUGACCCGCGGGAACCAACGCGAGCUGGCGCGGCAGAAGAACCUGAAGAAGCAGAGCGAUUCGGGCAAGGGCAAACGGCGCGACGACGGGCUCUCGGCCGCCGCCCGCAAGCAGAGGGACUCGGAGAUAAUGCAGCAGAAGCAGAAGAAGGCUGACGAGAAGAAGGAGGGCAACAAGUAGCAGCGGUGCCCCGCGGGCGGUGCUCGGCGAUGCCCUGUGCGGCCCCGGGACCGCCCCGCCCC